ACUCCAUCUUUGUUUUGGGCGCUAGCUUCCGUCACUCCGCGGUGAAAGUGACCGGCGGCAUUUACACCUGCUGGGUCCGGUAAGCGCGUGCGCCGUGAUUAGGAUGCUAACGCUAGCAUGGCGUCGGUUCACCAGUAGACUCGGCUCCGUGGAACCUGCUCACCUGUCGACCGCGGCUGGUUGGACUUCCGGCAGGUCGCUGCUGCUCCGGUGGAGCUCCAGGUGUUCAUUUUCAGGUCUCCUCCCAGCUGGCGGCAGGUCGCUGCUCCAGCCGCAGGUUUCCCGCUGCCUCAGCCCACCUGUCUUCUGCAGCAUGGCUUCAGGUGAAGGAAACAAACACACCAACCGGUUGGCCAAAGAGAAGUCCCCUUACCUGCUCCAGCACGCCCACAACCCCGUUGAAUGGUAUCCAUGGGGACCAGAAGCGUUUGAGAAGGCCAAGAAGGAAGACAAACCAAUUUUUCUGUCAGUGGGAUAUUCGACCUGCCACUGGUGCCAUGUGAUGGAGAGGGAGUCGUUUCAGGAUGAAGACGUGGGAAAGAUCCUGAACGAACACUUUGUCUGCAUCAAGCUGGACCGGGAGGAGCGACCUGACGUGGACAAGGUCUACAUGACCUUUGUCCAGGCUACAAGCGGAGGAGGUGGCUGGCCCAUGAGCGUCUGGCUGACCCCUGACCUUAAACCUUUCAUCGGAGGAACGUACUUUCCCCCCAGAGACCAAGGAAGAAGACCAGGAUUCCUGACAGUGCUCACCAGAAUCUUGGAUCAGUGGCAGAACAACCGUCCAUCUCUGGAGUCCAGUGGUGAGAAGAUCCUCACGGCUCUGAAGAAGGGAACGUCCAUCACUGCCAGAGAGGUUGACAGCCCCCCGAAUGCUCCAGACGUGGCGGAUCGCUGCUUCCAUCAGCUUCUUCAUUCCUAUGAAGAGGAAUACGGAGGCUUUCGAGAGGCGCCCAAGUUCCCUUCACCAGUGAACCUGAUGUUCCUCAUGUCGUACUGGUGGGUGAAUCGAUCCACCUCCGAGGGGCUGGAGGCUCUUCAAAUGGCCACGCACACUUUGCGCAUGAUGGCGUUGGGGGGCAUCCACGACCACGUGGCUCAGGGUUUUCAUCGGUAUUCCACGGAUUCAUCCUGGCACGUUCCUCACUUUGAGAAGAUGCUGUACGACCAAGCUCAGCUGGCUGUGGCCUACAUAGCAGCCUUCCAGGUAUCAGGUGAGCGUUUCUUUGCAGAUGUGGCGAAGGACAUCCUGCAGUACGUCUCCAGAGACCUGAGCGACCAGUCAGGGGGAUUCUACAGCGCAGAGGAUGCAGACUCUGUCCCGGCAUGUGGGGGUGACAGGAAGAGGGAGGGGGCCUUCUGCGUCUGGACCGCCUCAGAGGUGCGGGGGCUCCUGCCGGACGUGGUUGAGGGCACCAGUGGGACCACCACCCAGGCGGACAUCUUCAUGCACCACUAUGGAGUUAAGGAACAAGGCAACGUGACACCUGAGCAGGACCCCCACGGCGAGCUGCAGGGCCAGAACGUCCUGAUCGUCCGCUACUCGCUGGAGCUGACGGCAGCUCACUUCGGCAUCGCCGUGGAGAUGCUGGACGACCUCCUGACCUCUGCCAGGGCCAGGCUGGCAGAGGUCAGGAGGGGUCGGCCCCGCCCACACCUGGACACCAAGAUGCUGGCCUCCUGGAACGGGCUGAUGCUGUCGGCCUUCGCUCGAGUGGGAGCGGUCCUGGGGGACGAGGCUCUGCUGGAGAGAGCGGAGCAGGCUGCCAGGUUCCUGAAGGAGCACCUGUGGGACGACGAGCAGCAGGUGAUGCUGCGGUGCUGUUACCGUGGAGACCACAUGGAGGUCCAGCACACAUCUCCUCCCAUCAAAGGCUUCCUGGACGACUACGCCUUCGUCAUCGCUGGCCUUCUGGACCUGUACGAGGCCACGCUGCAGACGGAGUGGCUGGUCUGGGCGGAGGAGCUGCAGCUGCGGCAGGACGCCAUGUUCCUGGACGAGCAGGGAGGGGGCUACUUCUGCAGCCAUCCACAGGACGAGUCGGUGCUGCUGCAGCUGAAAGAGGGUCAGGAUGGAGCAGAGCCCAGCGCUAACUCGGUUUCAGCUUCCAACCUUCUGCGACUGAGCAGCCUCACCGGACAGGACCAGACCCAGACCUCCCAGAACCUGCUGGCCGCCUUUUCCAAGCAGCUGACCCAAGUCCCCGUUUCCUUACCAGAGAUGGUCCGGGCUCUGAUGGCCCAUCACCAGACGCUCACACAGAUUGUGGUCUGUGGUCAGCAGGACGCCGCAGACACAGCGGCUCUGCUCGCUGCCGUUCACUCCACCUUCCUGCCGUUCAAGGUUCUGAUGUUUGUUGAAGAUCCACAAAGCUUCCUGUGCCAGCGGCUGCCCGCCCUGAUGUCCAUGAGCCAGCAGGGCGGCGCCGCCACAGCCUACGUCUGCCAGGACUUCACCUGCUCGCUCCCCGUCACAGAGCCGCACGAGCUGCGGCAACUGCUGCUGGACAGAACCGGCGCCAUGCAGACGGACCUCUGAAUUAUCAGUGAACCCACCAGCCGAUGGAUCAGUGAAUCCACCAGCUGAUGGAUCCUGUAGAACUUUCUUCCGUUCUUACAGGUUGAACCCAAAAUCUCCUUUUAAGUGUUUUCCUUCAGGAAACGUCUCUGGAUCCAAUGAAAACUCCUGGUUUUGUUUUCAUUGAACUUUUUGCAAAAACAGACCAGAGGGGGGUUGGCUCCACCCUCUGGUCAUGAAUUAGGGCGGGGCUUACUUAGAACAACAGUUGCUUUGCUGCAUUUGUUUGAUCAUAUUUAUACUAGCAUGGAAAUGGAGCAUCAUCAGCAUCCGGACCCUGAGGUUCUGAUCCAAACCUAUCAGGCCACAGACCAAGGUAGAACAGGAAGAAGACUUUUACUGUUGUAAUACAACAUUCUAUUUCCUGUUUUUCAAAUAAAUCUUUUAUUUCAAAGACGUUUUCUAGGAAA